AUGGGAGCCAACACCAGCCAGCUCAGUGACCUGCCCGACAACCCCAGCCUCAAGGCUCUGGUGGGCACAGAGUCAAUAUCGGGAAAUGACCCUUUCUGGAACCAGCUCAUCUCUUUCACCGUUAUUAGUCCCACUAGCAGUGGAGACUCCAAGUUGCUGGAAGAGGCUGUGUUGCCAUUGGCUAAGCUCCUCAUUGAAAACAAUCCCAGAACAGGAAACUUUGGCACACUGGUUAGAAUCUUCCUGGGAAGAACCAAAGAGCUGAAAAUAUCAACAGAAUGCCAAGAUCAGCUGUUCAUCUGGCAAGCCCACAAUGCUCUCUUCAUGGUACGUUGCCUGCUCAAGGUAUUCAUCAGGGAAAUGAGCGAGGAAGAGCUGCACUUGCAGUUCAGCUACCAAGAGAGGGCGCCACGAUCGUGUGGAGCAACCCAUGAAGAUCUCCUUGAGGAGCUCUUAUCCAACCUGGUGCACCUGAUCGUCGAAGUACCGCUGCUUGACAUCACAUACAGCAUCCUGUUUGAAGCUGUCACCACCCUGCUGGUGUUCUUCUCCUACCAGUUGUUCUGCAAAGACAUCCUCAGAGAUGGUUUGAUCUACCGACAUGUUAUGAAGGGACGAUGCUUGUCACUGACCAGUCGCCUGGUGAAGACGCUGCUCUACAACUUUAUCAGGCAGGAAAAGUGUCCGCCCCCAGCGACACACAUCUUUGAGCCCAAAGCGGAGGGUGGCCUGCUUUAUGGGCUGGCGUCAGGCGUGGCAAGUGGUUUAUGGAGUGUCUUCACCUUGGGUGGAGCUGGAAGCAAAGCCGUGGGGGACCUGGAGCACAAUCCCUUACCAUUGUCCAAUCAGAGCCUCCUGUUACUGCUCGUUCUGGCCAACAUGACUGAUGGGCCUGACUGGCCCAAUCCCUACCGCCAGGCUAUAACCUGCUUCAGAAACACACAAGACACGUCAUCCAUUCCUGCGGAGCAGGCACACACGUUUCAGAUCAAUUUUAACAGCUUGUACACAGCACUGUGCGAGCAGCAGUGCUCUGACCAGGCCACACUGCUGCUCUACACGCUGCUUCACCAGAACGCCAACAUGAGGACCUACAUGCUCUCCAGAACAGAUAUGGACAAUCUGGUGUUGCCUAUUCUGGAGAUCCUUUACCGCGUGGAGGAAAAGAACUCCCAUCAUGUCUACAUGGCGCUUAUCAUCCUUCUCAUUCUCACGGAAGACGAUGCUUUCAACCGCUCCGUCCAUGAAGUGGUCUUAAAAAAUGUUACGUGGUACUCGGAGAGGUCGUUGACUGAAAUCUCCCUCGGCAGCCUGCUCAUCCUGGUGGUCAUCCGCACGAUCCAGUUCAACAUGACCCGCACGAGGGAUAAAUACCUCCACACCAACUGCCUGGCAGCACUUGCGAACAUGUCUGCACAGUUCAGAUGCCUCCACCAGUAUGCUGCCCAGCGCAUAAUCAGUUUAUUUGCUUUACUUUCCAAGAAGCACAACAAGGUGCUGGAACAGGCAACGCAGAGUCUGAGAGGCAGACAGAGCGACAACACGGUCCUGCCCGAUUAUGCGCAGGACCUGAAUGUGAUUGAGGAAGUGAUCCGCAUGAUGCUGGAGAUCAUCAACUCUUGCCUCUGCAACUCGCUGCACCACAACCCGAACCUGGUGUAUGCACUUCUCUAUAAGCGGGAGCUCUUUGAGCAGUUCAGGAUGCAUCCGUCCUUCCAGGACAUCAUGCAGAACCUGGACACGGUGAUUGCCUUCUUCAGCCAGCGUCUGGAGCAGGCUGGAAGUGACCUGUCGGUGGAGAGGGUCCAGGAAGUGAUUAUGAAAGGAGCCCAGGCGAUGCCCAUAGACAGACUUAAGAAAUUUCCAGAGCUGAAGUUCAAGUACGUGGAGGAAGAUCAACCAGAAGACUUCUUCAUCCCCUACGUAUGGUCGCUGGUCUUCAAUUCGGGAGUGGGCCUUCACUGGAGCCAGCAGGGUAUCGAGCUUUUCAGCGUGGACUCCGGUUGA